AUGGAUCUUCAAACGCUUUCGAAUCUAUUUGCGACGACAUUUAGUCCUGAUCCGAAUGUUAGAAAGGCAGGGGAACUAGACAUUCGGAAGGUUGCUAACGAGGAGGGUAUUAUCACGGCCCUUCUUCAAAUCAUAGCAGCAGAUUCAGUAGAUCCCGCAAUCCGUCAAGCUUGCACGGUUUGGUUGAAAAAUCGCGUUAUCACGCACUAUAAUCCCGAUAAAGCGACGGACCGCGUACCUAUCGCACAGUCCGAUCGACAAUCGCUCAAGGCUGCCAUAUUUCCUCUGCUCUCAGCAGUACCACCGCAUGGCAUCACAGCUCAGCUAUCGAACACCCUGAAGACAUUGGUGAUCAAUGACUAUCCCGACAACUGGCCAGGGUUGCUUGCUGAAGUCAAGCGCCUCUUAGCAAGCUCAGAGGUGCGAGAAGUUCAUGCUGGAUGCGUUGCUUCACUGGAGAUCGUUAGGGCGUUCCGAUUUCGCCAGAAGAGCGAUAUCCUCUCUGGUAUUGUCGUUGAAUUGAUGCCUACCCUCGUCCAAAUCGCCGCUCAGAUGCUUCAGUCCGUCUCGAGUUCAUCCUCCAAUAUCAAUCCAUCAUCGCAGGAAAUCCCAACGAUGCUCCACUUGAUUCUCAAAACAUACAAGACUUCUAUCAUUGUAAACUUAUCUACACAUCAACAAAGUGCAGACAGCCUCGUGCCGUGGGGCCAGCUCUUGUUUGCAGUUAUCAAUUUUGAAGUUCCCCAAGUAGCCGUUCCAGCUGACGAAGAAGAGCGCGAACGAUGCGAAUGGUGGAAAGUGAAGAAAUGGGCAUAUGGCAUUUUGUUCCGCCUAUUCCACAGGUUUGGAAACCCUUCGCAACUGCCGUCAACGAUGAAGAAGGAAUAUAAGACCUUCGCCGACCACUUUGUGACCAUGUUUGCUCCAGAGAUCCUCAAUAUCUAUCUUCGUCAGGUCGAGCUUUUCGUCUCUGGACGGGCUUGGCUUUCAAAGAAAUGCCAGUACCAAAUCUUCCAAUUCUUUACUGAAUGCGUGAAGCCCAAGUCAACUUGGAAGCUCCUGAAGCCACACUUUGAAUCCCUCGUCUCCUCCUUUGUUUUCCCUCAGCUUUCAUUCACUGCUGCGAAGGAGGAACUAUGGACGAACGAUCCUAUUGAUUUUGUGCGAACUUCCGUCGACGAAUAUGAAAAUUACGCUACCCCCGUGUCGUCGGCUACUACAUUCCUCUUCUCUCUCGUGAGCAAUCGCACAAAGACAACGCUUAUGCCCAUCCUCGCUUUCGUUAACACCGUUCUUAAAUCAAAUCCGCCUCCGGCCCAGCGAUUCGGUGUGCUUAACAUGACCGCAGCUCUGGUUCCGUUCAUCAUGAGGCACCCUGAAAUCAAAUCGAAUAUGGAACAAUUUGUGUUGCAGCAUGUCACCAACGAAUUCUCUGCCCCUGAGCCGUAUCUCCGUGCUAUCGCAUGCGAGAUCAUUGGCACACUUACGAAGUCUGGUCUGGAGUGGUCCAAUGACGCGAACCUAGACGUCCACUUCCGUGCUGUUGCCAAUGCGCUUGAUGAUGCCGAAUUCCCUGUUCGUGUACAAGCCGCACUGGCCCUUACGCAGCUAGUUGUAGCCCACGAAAGUGUCAGGACCGCCGUUGCACCCCAAGUAGGCAAAGUUAUUCAAGACCUUCUGAAGCUAUCGGAUGAUACCGACCUCGACAUCCUAAACCGAAGCAUGGAAGUCAUGGUGGAGCAAUUCCAGACUGAGCUGCUUCCUGUUGCUGCUCAGCUUACUGCACGUUUGUGUGAAUCGUAUUUACGUCUCUGCAAAGAAAUCGCUAGUCAAGAGGAGACGGGUACCCAGCAUGUAGAUUUGGAGUCCCUUCCUGAAGUGGACGAGGAUAAGACUUUCGCUGCAAUGGGCGUCUCCAAGACCAUAAGCACAGUUAUCUCCUCCAUCGAGAGCUCCCCAGAAAUUCUCGCCCAAGUCCAAGAAGUCGUUAUACCUGUCAUUAUGUUCACCCUUCAAAACAAAUUACUCGAUCUCUUUGAUAAUGCCUUCGACCUUGUUGAUAGUCUCACCUUCAAGUCCCGAGCCAUCUCCCCCAAUAUGUGGCCUAUUUUCGAAGAGACCUACAAGCUAUUCAAAGCCGAAGCUGUUGACUUCUUGGAUGAGAUGCUUCCUUCAUUGGAUAACUUCGUUUCAUUCGGCGUUGAUAUGUUCAAAUCUCGGCCAGAUUACAGGCAAAUGGUAUUGGACAUUUACACUACUGCCAUGACCUCUCCACAACUUGGCGAGAAUGACCGUGUCAACGGAUCAAAGCUAGCCGAAUCAAUUUUAUUAAAUUUGAGAGGCACUAUCGACGAUGCAUUGCAACCGAUAAUAGUCGCCGCUCUUGACCACAUGGACAUAUGUGAGACAAACGCUCUUCGUCUCGCAAAUCUCGAGGUUCUCGUGAAUGCCGUCCUUUACAACCCCCAGGCUGCACUCCAUCUGAUGGAAAGCAGCAGACCCGGUAAAGCCAGGGCCUUCUUUGACCAAUGGUUCGCUGCUAUUUCGAGUGCUGAUACUCGUCUUCCUCGUGUCCAUGACAAGAAGUUAAGCAUCCUUGCACUAUGUGCAUUGAUGGAGAUGGAACCUGUUACGAUUCCCCCGACUCUGACGGACGGAUGGCCCACCAUCGUCAGUGGUGCCCUGAAGAUCUUCAAGGGUCUUCCUCAAGCCAUCGCUCAGCGCAAAGAACUCGAGGACGAUUACCAGAACGAGUCCGAUGGCGAAUUGAGCGACGAGGAGAGACUGCUUAAUCUCGAGGACAAUGACGAGGACGUCUGGGACGAAGAUUCUGAGUAUCUGGAAAUGUUGGCACGAGAGAGCGCGAGGCUACGAGAAAAGAACGAGAAGAAGGAAGCCGAAAACAUUGACGACGACGAUGUGUCCUCAGAGUCAGAUAUUGAGGAAGAACUUGGCUUCAUAAGUCCAUUGGAUAACGUGGAUCCGUAUGCUUCUUUCAAACAUGCUUUGACUACCUUCCAAAUGAAGAAUCCGUCGAGUUAUCAAGUUGCGACUACCUCUUUGGACGUUGAACAGCAAACCCUCCUGAUGGAGAUAAUGCAGAAAGUUGCAGCUCAGCCGGCAGCCCCUGCUUCUUGA